AUGAAGUUCUUCAUUGAUGAUCUUCCUGUGCUGUUCCCGUAUCCUCGAAUCUACCCCGAACAAUAUGCAUAUAUGUGCGACCUAAAAAAGACCCUCGACGCAGGGGGUCAUUGUGUGUUGGAAAUGCCAUCAGGUACUGGCAAAACGGUUUCGCUGCUGUCGUUGAUCGUUGCCUACCAACAGCACUAUCCAGAGCACCGAAAGCUCAUUUAUUGUUCUCGAACCAUGUCGGAGAUCGAGAAAGCUCUGGCGGAGUUGAAGGCAUUGAUGGAACACCGCGCUAAAGAGCUGGGUCAUGAGGAAGAUUUUCGCGCCCUGGGCCUCACCAGUCGGAAAAACCUGUGCCUUCACCCUUCCGUGAAACGAGAGAAAAGUGGCACAGUAGUCGAUGCUAGGUGCAGAAGCUUGACAGCGGGCUUCGUCAAAGAGAAAAAGGAGCGCGGAGAAGAUGUUGAUCUUUGCGUUUAUCAUGAGAAUCUUGACUUACUCGAACCUCAUAAUCUCGUCCCCCCAGGCGUCUUCACACUCGAUGGGCUAUCAAGAUACGGAGAAGAACAUAAGCAAUGCCCUUACUUCUCCGCUCGGCGCAUGAUGCCAUGGUGCAACAUCAUCAUAUACUCAUACCACUAUCUUCUAGAUCCAAAAAUCGCAGAACGCGUUUCACGAGAACUUUCGAAAGAUUGCAUCGUCGUGUUCGAUGAGGCUCACAAUAUCGACAACGUCUGUAUCGAAUCCCUCAGUAUCGACAUUAGCGAGGAUUCCUUACGCAAAGCAACCCGAGGCGCGUCCAACCUAGAACGCAAGAUCGAGGAAAUGAAGAGUUCGGACGAAGAAAAGCUCAAGAAUGAAUAUACGAAAUUGGUAGAGGGAUUACAAGAAGCAGAGAAAGCGCGUGAAGAAGAUCAAUUCAUCUCGAAUCCAGUCCUACCUGAUGAUUUACUCAAGGAGGCUGUUCCCGGCAAUAUUCGUCGAGCAGAGCAUUUCAUCUCUUUCUUGAAGAGAUUUAUCGAGUAUCUCAAGACUCGCAUGAAAGUGACCCAUACAAUAUCCGAAACCCCUCCUUCUUUCCUUACCCAUCUGAGAGACCUUACAUAUAUUGAACGAAAGCCCUUGAGAUUUUGCGCCGAGCGUCUAACGUCACUUGUACGGACGCUAGAGCUUGUCAAUAUUGAGGACUAUCAGCCUCUCCAAGAGGUGGCUACCUUUGCGACACUGGUCGCAACAUACGACAAAGGAUUUGUUCUCAUCCUUGAGCCAUUUGAAUCCGAAGCUGCUACUGUACCAAACCCCAUUCUUCAUUUUACGUGCUUGGAUGCCGCAAUUGCUAUCAAGCCGGUGUUCGACCGUUUCAGCUCUGUGAUCAUCACUUCGGGAACUUUGUCUCCCUUGGAAAUGUAUCCAAAGAUGCUGGGAUUUACCGCUGUCAUGCAAGAAUCCUACAGUAUGACACUUGCACGACGUUCAUUCUUACCUAUGAUCGUCACUCGAGGCUCAGACCAAGCACAAGUCUCAUCAUCUUUCGGAAUUCGUAAUGACCCCGGUGUUGUACGAAAUUACGGAACCCUAGUUACUGAAUUCUCUCGCAUCACACCGGAUGGCGUCGUGGUCUUCUUCCCUUCUUACCUCUACAUGGAAUCUAUUAUCAGUAUGUGGCAAGGCAUGGGUAUAUUGGAUCAAAUCUGGAACUAUAAGUUGAUUCUCGUGGAAACACCUGAUGCACAAGAGUCAUCGCUCGCCCUGGAGACCUAUCGCACAGCUUGUUGCAACGGACGUGGCGCAAUCCUAUUCUGUGUUGCCCGAGGAAAGGUUUCUGAGGGUAUUGAUUUCGAUCACCAUUAUGGUCGAGCAGUGUUAUGUAUUGGUGUGCCUUUCCAAUACACUGAGUCUCGCAUUUUGAAAGCCCGUCUGGAGUUCUUGCGUGAGAACUACCGGAUCCGAGAGAACGACUUUUUGUCCUUCGAUGCUAUUCGACAUGCCGCCCAGUGUUUGGGACGUGUUCUGCGUGGCAAGGAUGACUAUGGAGUCAUGGUUCUGGCAGACCGUCGAUUCGAGCGAAAGCGACCCCAGCUUCCAAAAUGGAUCAACCAGGCAAUGCUGGAUAGCGAAACCAACCUCAGCACUGAUAUGGCUGUAUCAAAUGCCAAGAACUUCCUGCGUACAAUGGCCCAGCCUUUCAAAUCAAGGGACCAAGAGGGCAUUUCCACUUGGGGUUUGGCUGAUAUCGAGCGGCAUGAGGCAAAGAGGAAAACAGAAGAAGAGCGGAUGAUGAGAGAAGAAGGCAACGGGGAUUUGAUGGACGGCAUGAUUCCAUCUGCAUCCCGCAUUGUCGAGGACGAAUUCGAUGACGACAUUGAUGAGGACCUCAUGAUGCUUGAUGCGCAAUAA